AUGACCGAACAAUACUCUGUUGAAGUCGGUGAAGCCGCUAACGAGCACGAAACCGCUCCCAGAAGAAAUAUCAAGGUUAAAGACCAGCCUUUGGUCAGACCCAUAGACUCCUCCGCAUCCACACUGUACGAAUUUGCUCUGGAAUGUUUUGUGAAAGGUGGUAAGAGAGAAGGUAUGGCUUGGAGAGAUAUUAUCGAGAUACAUGAGAAAAAGAAAACUAUAGUCAAGAAGAUAGACGGUAAGGAGAAGCCCAUCGAAAAGACAUGGUUGUAUUACGAAUUGUCCCCUUAUAAAAGCAUUACCUAUGAAGAAAUCACCUGCGUGAUGCACAACAUUGGUCGUGGGCUGAUAAAAAUUGGUGUCCAGCCCAAUGGAGAGAACAAGUUCCACAUCUUUGCCUCUACUUCUCAUAAAUGGAUGAAAACUUUCCUCGGUUGCAUGUCUCAAGGCAUUCCCGUGGUCACCGCGUACGACACAUUGGGUGAGAGUGGCCUGAUUCACUCCAUGGUGGAGACGGAAUCCGUCGCAAUUUUCACGGACAACCAACUAUUGUCCAAACUGGCCGUACCUUUGAAAACCGCCAAGGACAUCAAGUAUGUCAUCCAUAACGAAGUCAUCGAUCCCAAUGACAAGAGACAGAACGGUAAGCUGUAUAAGGCUGCCAAGGAUGGUGUUGACAAGAUUAGAGAAGCGAGACCAGACAUAAAAAUUUACAGUUUUGAUGAAAUCGUCGAGAUAGGUGAAAAGGCUAAAGACGAGAUUGACCUGCAUUUCCCAAAGGCGGAAGAUCCUGCCUGUAUUAUGUACACUUCGGGAUCAACCGGCACACCAAAAGGUGUGGUAUUGACACAUUAUAACCUCGUCUCCGGUAUUGGUGGUGUGGGUUCCAGCGUCAUCGGAUGGAUUGGCCCCUCAGACCGUAUCAUUGCGUUCUUGCCAUUAGCUCACAUUUUUGAGUUGACUUUUGAAUUCGAAGCCUUUUACUGGAAUGCUAAAAUUGGGUACGCCUCCGUGAAGACUUUGUCGCCCACUUCCACGCGGAAUUGCCAAGGUGAUCUGAUGGAGUACAAGCCCUCCAUAAUGGUUGGUGUGGCUGCCGUCUGGGAAACAGUGAGAAAGGGUAUCUUGACCAAGAUCAACGAAUUGCCCGGGUUGUCUCAGAAGAUCUUUUGGACUGUCUAUGCCCUGAAGGAAAGAAAUCUUCCAUGCAGCGGAUUUUUGAGUGGGUUGAUGUUCAGGAGAAUCAGAGACGCCACUGGUGGGAACCUAAGAUUUAUUCUAAAUGGUGGGUCCGCAAUCAGUAUAGAUGCUCAAAAAUUUCUUUCCAACGUUCUGUGUCCUAUGCUAAUCGGUUAUGGGUUAACUGAAGGUGUUGCCAACGCAUGUGUUUUAGAACCUGAACAUUUCGAUUACGGUAUUGCCGGUGAUCUUGUCGGGACUAUUACUGCCAAAUUAGUGGAUGUCGAAGAUCUAGGUUAUUUUGCAAAGAACAAUCAAGGUGAGUUGCUUUUGAAGGGCGCUCCCAUCUGCUCUGAGUACUAUAAGAAUCCCGAAGAAAGCGCUGCCGCCUUUACCGAAGAUGGCUGGUUCCGUACCGGUGAUAUUGCCGAAUGGACUCCCAAGGGACAGGUUAAAAUCAUUGAUAGAAAGAAGAAUUUGGUCAAGACCCUAAAUGGUGAAUACAUUGCAUUGGAAAAACUAGAGUCCAUUUACAGGUCAAACUCUUACGUCCAAAACAUCUGUGUUUAUGCGGAUGAAAGUAAAGUCAGACCGGUUGGUAUUAUGGUACCUAACCUAGGACCGUUAUCCAAGUUGGCUGUCCAAUUAGGUGUAAUGGAACCAGGUGAAGACGUCGAAUGCUAUAUCCAUGAAAAGAAACUGCAAGAAGCCGUUUGUCAGGAUAUGCUUUCAACUGCCAAGUCUCAAGGUUUGAACGGUAUCGAAUUAUUAUGUGGUGUUAUUUUUUACGAAGAAGAGUGGACUCCUGAAAACGGGCUUGUUACAUCUGCUCAAAAAUUAAAGAGAAGGGAUAUCCUAGCCGCUGUCAAACCAGAAGUGGAAAGAGUUUACGAAGAAAACAACUAG